AUGGCUUCGUAUAGUAAUACAAUGCCAGUGGCAGUCCCUCGACCUGGUCAGCAGGCUAGUUACGGUGCGCCAAUACAUAACCACGCUCAAAUACCGAUACAUGGACACUCUGCUCCUGCUGGUACCUUCGCUCCGGGCACCAAGAUACAGGUCGGCAAUCAUAGGGUGGUAAUCCAGAAAUACCUAUCCGAAGGCGGGUUUGCACAUGUAUACCUCGUCAAGUUACCACGCCCCGUCGAUGGAACAGAUCUGGCUGUGUUGAAGAGGGUUGCUGUGCCGGACAAGGAGACUCUCCGUGGGAUGCGGACAGAGGUUGAGACGAUGAAGCGGCUUAAGGGGCACGAAACAAUUGUUACAUAUAUCGAUUCGCACGCGUCCGAGAUUAAGGGCGGCAGCGGAUAUGAAGUGUUCCUACUUAUGGAAUACUGUAAUGGCGGGGGGCUGAUCGACUUUAUGAAUACCCGGUUACAGCACCGUCUUACCGAGCCCGAAAUCUUGAAUAUCUUCUCCGAUGUUGCAGAAGGUGUCGCCUGCAUGCAUUAUCUCAAACCUCCUCUACUGCACCGAGACUUGAAAGUUGAGAACGUCCUCAUCACAGUAAAUGGGACCAAUAUGAAGUUCAAGCUGUGCGAUUUUGGCUCGGCGGCCCCUCCGAGACCUGCACCUCAGACUGUCGUAGAAUGCCGUUUGAUAGAUGAAGAUAUUCAAAGGCAUACUACAUUACAAUACAGAAGUCCGGAGAUGAUUGACGUAUAUCGAAAGCAGCCAAUAGACGAGAAAUCAGAUAUCUGGGCUCUAGGAGUGCUCCUCUACAAGCUCUGCUACUAUACUACGCCAUUUGAAGAGCAAGGGCAGCUAGCCAUUUUGAAUGCAAGCUUCAGGUUUCCUAGUUAUCCAAUAUUCUCCGACAGGUUAAAACAAUUGAUCGCAUCCAUGUUACGAGAAGACUUGCGAUCUCGACCAAAUAUUUACCAAGUGCUCCGAGAAAGUUGUCGGAUGCAGGGACGUGAAGUGCCUAUACACGACAUUUAUUCCGGACAACUCCAGUCAGAGACUAAGAGAAGUGAGAAUCAAGCAACUGCUGGGAAGGAGGGCAGGGGCACGCCAGGUAUAGGCGCUGUAUAUUCCCCUCCACAGCAACCACAGACUCAAGCACUCCCGGAUAUUACGCCCAUGAGGCGUGGUAGGCCGACUGUUUCCAGUCAAUCUGCUCCAAAACAACCAGCCAAACCAAGCCCAUCUCCGGCGAGAAUCACAAGCGGUGAUCCGUUUGCUGCAUUAGACUCUAAAACAGGCCCCGGCACCGAGGCGGAUGAACUAUCAUCUAGGUUCCCGACACUUGACCAAUUCUCCCUUCUACAUGACCAAGGUUCAAAAUUCGAUUUUGAUAGUCCAACAUCUCCUGCGGAUCCACAGAAGCACAUAAGCCAACGCGUCACCGAUCAUCUAGUAGAAGGAGCAUUUAUUAGGCCUCAAGUUACGGUAGGAACAGCCCCGACAGAUCAAAGGCAGUCAACAGAUCUGAGCCGAGUGAAGUCGGUAACGGCUGUAACUGAGUUGCGAAAGUCAUCGCCGCCACCUGGUUUAGUCAACAAGCCCGCUUCCGCGCCUCUCAAGCAACCCUCGGAAAUGAGUCGUGCUUCGGCCAUAAUAUCCAGUAAUCCUGAGCUUCAGGCUAUUUCUUCCCCUCCGCCGCAAACCCCUCAAGAUACUCUAAGCAGACCAUCGAUGGUUUCAACUGGAACCAUGACUGGUACCCCUCCCCCUGAAAAACAAACCCGAGAUUACCCUCCGAUCCAUCGAUUUCCUCCGGCAGACCAGAACCGCCCAGCGAGUUUGCCUAGACAGCAGGAACCGAUAGGUACUGGUCAAAAGCGCCCGGAACUAGGAUAUGCGCUCCGGCCAACGCCAACCCCUCGUAUCGAUUCUAUUCAACCAUCACCAGCGCAUGCUCGGCAUUCAUCUUCAUCCCGUCCAUCUCUAGAAAGUGGUCGACCUAGUGCCGAACAGCUCGAACCACUAUCAAAGGCAUCAGUUACCGGUGGACGUCCUAGGCCUGUCAGUACUUAUCUUGAAUCUGAUAUGGAUUACCUUCGCGAACGGGAGGCAGCACCAAGGCCACUUCGCUCCCCUAGCUAUUCACCAAAUCUACUUGGGAAUGCUUCAUCCCCUAGACUUGAGCCCCAGGACGAGACAGCGAUAGAAUCAAACGUAGACUUUCUCAGGUCGAUGGAGGAUUCUGAUACGAAGAAGAAAGAUAAAGUCACGAAACAGCAUACAAAGCGCUCGAGCUUAACUUCCUUGUCGGGUACCAAGAACAUCUUGGCCGGAAGGUUUGGUGAUGCUUUUAAACGGUUUGAGACUACCCCUUCGGGAUCAGGUGCACGGACACCGUCCCCACUCAAGGACAUGGAGCGUCACGAUCUAACCCCUAUUGCGGGAUCGGAGGCAACCGACGGCCGUAGCGAUGAUGGGCAUCUUGGAGAACCAGAGAUGACACCGGAAAUGCGACGGGAGCUUGAGCUACAAGCUCUUGCUGAGGAGGAACGGCGAGUAGAGGCUGCGGCUGCGGAAUAUAAGCAACGAAUGGCUGCUCGGGACGGCGGAGGACCAUCAGGUUCGCUGCCCAAGAGCAUCGGUGGUGUUUCCCGAGCUGUAAGCAUACAGAACCGCGUGCAAAAUCUACUAGACGAGUCGCAAAAGUCCUCACAGCAGGUUCAGCGCACGGCGUCCGGCUACGGCAAGUUCUCAGACGCAGCUGCGGCUAAGAGUCGUGUAGAGAAACAAGUUCCCGAAGUUCCCCCAAAAAACUUCACCGGCGGACGAGGCACCACUCCUCUCAAGCCUGUCUCUACAUCAACUGAUGCUGCUGCUAUCGCUCGAGGUCGCGCUCAACCCGAUCCCAGCUCACCUGUUAAACCCACGCUCCCACCUAAACCUACACAUCUCAAUAAGCUCCCUACAGGUAAUGCCCGCGCCCGGUCACCACCAAAAGCAGCGUCGACACAGCGACCUCCAGGGCCCGAGCAUCGCAGCUCCUCAGAGCACCUCGCAGGUGUGGGAUUACCAGGGCGACCUAUCCUCGAUAUGUCCUUUAAGGAGAAGGAGGAUUACAUCCAGGACUUUGCCAAGAGGUUCCCGAGUUUGAGCUCCAUCGAGAUGGUCGAGCGCGACUUGGAUGCUGAGGCGGAGAAUAGGGGGAGGAGAUGA